GAUAGUAUAACCAUCUGUAUUUCCAAUUCCAAUAAUUUACGAUGUCCAACAAGCUCUACAUUUCUCCAGAUUCUUUUAUGAGGUUAAAAUAUUGCAACAUCUGUAUCCAAAGACAAGUUUUACUCCCGUGGACGGUAGAAUGUUAUGGAUAAGUUCUAGUUCUGGUUUAAGAGAGCAAUAGAAGAAACCAAAACAACUAAAGCACACACAGAUCGGUCCACUUUCACCCACUCACCGUAGGUCUGCUAAGAUUUUCAUUAUGAAGAAGAAAGUUUGGGAAGGAAAUUGUGUACGCUAUUAUUAGGCUCCAUAUGUUCCAACAAUGAGUUCGUUGGGAUAUACCCCACCUUUUGAUUGCUGUCAUAUUUGGAUGUUGGAUAAAGCAAGUGGUUUUCAAAUGAAAUAUGGAGGGCACUUGACACUAAUAGUAUAGAAGAGUGGAUAUUCCCACAGAAUCCGUUUAGUUAUGAGUAUUUUUACGCUUUAGGACUUUAGGUAUUAAUUUCCUGUAUUUAUGCAUAUAUGUACGAAUAAGAUGUUUAUAAUUGCCAUUUUUCAUUUCAUAAAUGUUUUCUCUUCCUAUGUUUCCAUGUUAUUUCUUUGCAUUGCUUCAAAGACGUCACUGAACAAGGCUCAGAAGUGUCUGCUUUUUCGUCCUGUACCAACAUUUCUCAUUUGAUUAUUUUCAUUUGUCUUUGAAGAGAACUUUUCUUUAGCAAGCCAACAAUAAGGGAAUUCCGUGAACCUUUGAAAUGAAUAUUGUCAAAGAAUUCUUAAUAUGGUUAAAGUUCUUGCCAUCUGUUGCUUCAAAAAUUUUCAACAAAAAUCUUGUAUACGAAUUUGAUGAAUUUAGAAUAUAUGACCAAUUUAUAUCAUGGGGUAAGCUCGGUACUAUUCAAAUGAUAUACCUUUCUGGAACAUUUCUUCUUCUAGGUCUGCAUGCACAUAUACUAUAGUUAUCUUCCUCCAUGUGUAUUUUGCAGUUGAUGGCCUGUCAAAUGGAUGCUAGAGUUCUGCAGUCUAUAUCUGUGGUAGAAAUUGAAAGCUUUAGAUCAUAUAUGCUUCUCAAAAGCUGUCAAGCUAUCCAGUAUUUGGUCCACACACACAACUUCACUAGACACACUUCAAAGCUUGGCAUACCUUCUUAUAGAAAGAGGUCAAGAGGUCACGAUUGGAGAAUAGCGAUGACUUUGGACACUAAUGGAUUUACUGCCAAUAAUAACCAAGAUAGCCUCAACGGAGACACCUCUGGUCUUGGUGGAACUCGUUUGGGCAGGAUAGUAGGUGCUGGUGGUAGGCAGCUGUUGAGCAAACUGAAUUCAGCUCGGAAGAAUUUUCCCAUGAAGGUGUUCCUUCUCCUCUUAGGAUUUUACACAGCAAAUGCCUUGGCCACGAUUCUUGGGCAGACGGGAGACUGGGAUGUAUUGGUAGCCGGAGUAGUUGUUGCUGCUAUCGAGGGUAUUGGUAUGCUAAUGUAUGGAAAACCCGUCUUUUCGGGGAGGCUGCAGUCUCUUGUGGUGAUGGUGAACUAUUGGAAAGCUGGGGUUUGCUUAGGACUCUUUGUUGAUGCUUUCAAAUUAGGUAGUUGACAUUUUCCUGUCCUUAUUUAUUGUCCAACCUCUUGACUUCUAGCAUUUCCUGUCGUCUCAGGAAACUUUUUGCUGCUCGCAGUCUUUAGAACCCCUUCGACCCACCCAUGAAUGUGUAGAAGGUGUUGUAUCGUUUUGUAGGUAUUCAUAGAUUAUGCAAAAGUAUAAGCUUGAACUUUGUUAAUCUAAUAAAAGUCAACACGUCGAGUCUUGACCAUUCCAGGUCAGUGAGAAAAGGACUUUUC